GUUUUCAGAACGAAAUCAAAAUCUCAAGAACAAAUUGAAAAAUUGAGAUUAACCAUUUCAAUUAAAUCAUCAAAUCAAAUGCCUUCAUUAUUAUAUGUCAUUCGACGUCUACAAGCAAUUUUCUUCGGAUUACUGAUGGCGUUCCAUGCAUUAGAGGCAGAAGUAGCGGCAACAAGGAGAGUACAAGCAGUAUUGGAAGCAACAAUACCUGUAAGUAACAAUGGCACCAGUAUUAGUAGUAAUGACGAGAUAACUAUUGAAGGUUGCAAAGAUAGAUGCGGUAGCGUAAUUAUUCCAUACCCAUUCGGAAUGGAUACUAGUAAUUGUUAUCGUGAUGUCAGAUUUAAGAUUACCUGCAAUUAUUCUAACAAUCCUCCAGUUGCUUCAUUGGGUUCAUUAUCGUCAACUGAUAGAUAUGAAGUUUUAGAAAUUACAGUAGAUCACUAUGUUCGUAUCAAUAUGUUAGCACCCGUCACUUGCGGCACUAAUAUUUCAUCUAUGGUGUAUGAUUUACCGUUCCCCGCUUCCGACACUCGCAAUAAAUUGACAGUCCUUGGUUGCAGCGUUUAUGGUACUGUCGCGUCCCAGAUUUAUCCUACCGAUAGACUUGGUGAACAAAUGAGCUCGAAGUUAACAAGGAAGGGAUGUGAAUCCCACUGCGUAAGGGGGCAUACGAAAAUACCACCAUCUCACUGUUCUGGUUAUGGCUGUUGUAAAACAAAAAUUCCCAGCGGACUUGCAUCUUACACCAUAGGAACAACUAGUGUCAGCCUUGGUGCUAAUGAGUUCACUUAUCAAUGUGCCAGUGCUUUUCUGGUCGACCAUGAGUAUUAUAGGGUUGAGAAUUUACUAAUAUCUAGGAAUGACUCAUUUGUUCCGAUGAUCUUGGACUGGGCAAUAACGGACGCUGCUACUUGCAAAGAAGCUCAAAGAAAUCUUAGCUCAUAUGCUUGUGGAACAAAUACUUACUGUCUUGCGUCUCAGAACGGCCCUGGUUAUCACUGCAAAUGUUCAAAAGGCUAUCAAGGAAAUCCUUACUUUCCCAGUGGAUGCCAAGAUGUUGAUGAAUGUAAAGAACCACAUAAGUGCGGAAAAGGAGUUAUUUGCAUCAAUACGCAGGGAAGCUAUAACUGUAGUUGUCCACCAGAUAAAGAAUUAGAAAUCAACGGGCUGAUAAACUCUUGUGCACCUAACGAACAUAGACUUCCAAGUGAUCAGAAAAACAAACGAAGACUUCGUGUCUUUGUGAUUGCAUCAUCAGGUAUUGGAAUAAGCGUAAUCAUAAUAUUUCUGCUUGGGAUUGGCUAUUGGUUAUACAUAGGAUUUGAGAAGAGAAAGCAAAUGAAGCUGAAGCAGAGGCACUUUGAGAGAAACGGUGGCUUGUUGUUAAAGCAAAAGAUCACUUCAAAUGAUGGUAAAGUCGAGAAGGCAGCCAGAAUCUUCAUUAUUGAAGAAUUAAGGAACAUGACAGAUAACUUCAACCCAAGCAGAAUCAUUGGCAAAGGAGGCCACGGUACCGUUUAUAAAGGCAUGCUACCGAGUGGUGAAAUAGUAGCUAUUAAGAAAUCUAAACUGGUGGAUGAAUCCCAAGUUGAUCAGUUCAUCAACGAAGUUGUCAUUCUCUCGCAAAUCAAGCAUAGGCACAUUGUAAAACUUUUAGGUUGUUGUUUAGAAACCGAGGUUCCAUUGUUGAUAUAUGAGUUCGUCUCUAAUGGAACCCUCUCUCACCAUCUCCAUGUAGAGCAAGAAGAUGGAGAAUCAUUACUUUCAUGGCAGCUUCGGGUAAGGAUUGCAUCAGAGAUUGCGGGUGCACUUGCAUAUCUACAUUCAGACGCAUAUAUGCCAAUCUUUCACAGAGACAUCAAACCCACCAAUAUUCUCUUGGAUGAGAAACACAAGGCUAAGGUUGCUGACUUUGGACUUUCUAGAUCAAUACCUGUAGAUAAAACCCACUUGACAACACUAGUGCAAGGAACCUUCGGCUACAUGGAUCCAGAAUACUUCCAUACAAGCCAAUUCACAGAUAAGAGUGAUGUUUAUAGCUUUGGCAUAGUCCUUGUGGAGCUCUUAACAGGAGAAAAGCCAGUUUCUGUUGUCAGACACGAAGAGGAGAAGGGUCUAGCAUUAUAUCUCAUUAAAUCGAUGAAAGAAGAUCGUUUGUUUGAGAUAUUAGAUUCUCGAGUUCUUAAUGAAGCAGAUGAAGACGAUGUUUUGGUUGUGGCUAAAUUGGCUGAAAGAUGCUUGAAACUGAACGGAAAGAAAAGGCCAACUAUUAAGGAAGUAUCACAUAUUCUUGGUGUGUUGCAUGAGAAACUUUCGACGCGAAGUACCAAUACAAGGGAUAGUAAUGAAUGAGAGGUGUUGCCAGCCUUAUUAUAUUUGUUAUAUGCUGGUUUUCAUUAAAUUGUUUGCACUCUGUCUAGCAUCAUUGUAGUAUGAUAGUUAUUACACAAAUAUAAUUGUGAGAAGAGAAUAAGUAAAAUGAACAUAAUUGCAAAAUCCGCAUAUUUGGGUUGA